AUGUUCAUUUCCAGCACAAAGAUCAUGAAGCCCAACGUAGAGAAGUUGGAGGAGUUUAAAUCGGGCAUCUCCCAGGCCCUGUUGGAACUGGAGAUGAACUCAGACCUCAAGGCCCAGCUGCAGGAGCCGAACAUAACGGCCACCAAGAAAACUGAAGUUGGUGGUGGCUGGAAAGCUAUCAUCAUCUUUGUUCCCGUUCGGCAAUUGACAUCUUUCCUGAAAAUCCAGGUGCGGCUGGUGCACAAGCUGGAGAAGUUCAGAGGGAAGCACAUCAUCUUCAUUGCUCAGAAGAGAAUUCUGCCUAAUCCAACUCAAAAAAGUUAUAUGAAAAAUAAGCAAAAGCAUCCCAGGAGCCACACUCUGACUGCCAUGCAUGACACCAUCCUGGAGAACUUGGUUUUCCCAAGUGAGAUUGUGGGUAAGAGAAUCCCCAUGAAGCUGGAUGGCAGCUGA